CAUAAAUGAGGAAGCAUGAUAAUUUGGUUUGUUUUUAUCUGUUUCAGCUGUAGUUCUGCAGGAAGGGGAGGUCCAGGAGGUGGAGCAGCAGUGGAGCAGGUGACGGUGAAGCAGGAGCCUGGUACAGAUGACAGCUAUAGCUGUCCAGCUUCUUCUCUGAAGACAGAGCGGGGCAAAGAUGCUGGAAGGAGUGCCUGCAUGAUGAGCAGUCCAGAGAACAGCCCCCAUCCUGUAGUGGGAGCUGUAUCUGCAGGCCAAGACGCUCUCAAGGCUCUAGGCGAGCGCAUCAAAACGGAACCUCAGUCUGAGACACCUUGUUCUGGACUCAAUGACUCCAGUACUGCCGCAUCAUCUUCUUCCACAACCACAAUGACCUCCACUACCUCGUCAUCCACAGAGAGCAGCAGCACCACGACAGUCGCUCCACUCACUAAUGGAAACUCAAAUAAAGGGGGAGAAACCAAAAGGAGUGAGGCUUCUACUGGAACCGGGAAUGUUGAAGGGAAAGAGGAUGACCCAAAUGAAGACUGGUGUGCUGUUUGUAUCAAUGGCGGUGAUCUGCUGUGCUGUGACCGGUGCCCCAAAGUGUUUCACAUGAAAUGCCAUGUACCCACCAUAAAAAUAUUUCCAAAGGGCGACUUUCUCUGCACGUUUUGUCGGAGUAUAACCAACCCUGAAAUAGAGUACUGUGAUGAUAGCAGGAAGGGCAAAGGAGAGCAGAGCCUGAGUGCUGAGGACCAAAGGAAAUGUGAACGCCUCCUGCUGUACAUCUUCUGUCAUGAGCUCAGCGUGGGCUUUAGGGAACCUGUUCCUAGCUCUGUAAGUAGCACUGUCAGCUGUGCUGCACCACCAUUGCUGCUGUGAAGAUUCUACUUCCUUGUGUUGUUAGCAAAAUUUAAUUGUUCCUCAUUUCGUGUGUUGUUUGACAUUAACUCCUGUAUUUUCUGUUUUUCUUCCUAAAUUAAUAAAUGUCUGAUUACUGUAGAACUAACAGUAGCUUGUGGUCUCAGUGGAUACACUUACCCCACUUUUUUGCUUAAAAAUUUUUUUUUCUUAAAAUUUUUUUCUGAUGUAUUGAAAAAUUUCUGUUCUUGUCAGGCUCUUAUUACCACAUAUAGAACCACCUUUUAUAUUUUUAACUGCUUCUUCGGGAGGGAUCUUCCUGUGUUCUGGUGGUUUGCAGCACAUGCCAAUGUGACCACAGCAUUUAUAUGUCCCAGCCACCUGCCUUUUGCACGUCUUCCUCUUUGCUUUCGCCUCACAUUUCUUACC